GCUUUGGCCUGACCAAGCCGCUCAAGAUGAACAUGGUGAAGAGGAUUAUGGGUCGGCCACGGCAGGAGGAGUGCAGCCCUCAGGACAACGCGCUGGGCCUGAUGCACCUGCGUCGCCUCUUCUCCGAGCUGUGCCAUCCGCCGCGUCACAUGACCCAGAAGGAACAGGAGGAGAAGUUGUACAUGAUGCUGCCUGUCUUUAACAGGGUGUUUGGGAAUGCUCCGCCCAGCAGUAUGAUGGAGAAGUUCUCGGACCUGCUGCAGUUCACCACCCAGGUGUCCCGGCUCAUGGUGACGGAGAUCAGACGAAGAGCCUCCAAUAAGUCCACAGAGGCUGCAAGUCGAGCCAUAGUGCAGUUCCUGGAGGUGAACCAGAGUGAAGAGGCGAGUCGCGGCUGGAUGCUCCUCACCACCAUCAACCUGCUGGCCUCCUCUGGACAGAAAACGGUGGACUGCAUGACGACCAUGUCCGUGCCCUCCACGCUGGUCAAAUGCCUCUACCUGUUCUUUGACCUGCCCAAUAUGGCUGACCCCCCAGGGGUCCCCACCCUGACCCCACCAGUGCCGCCUACCCAGGAGAAAACGCCCGUGCAGGGUCACAUCCAGCCAGAACUGCCCCUGGCCGACCGCAGGGCCCUGCUCCAGAAAGUCUUUGUCCAGAUCCUGGUUAAGCUGUGUAGCUUCGUGUCGCCCGCCGAGGAGCUGGCCCAGAAGGAUGACCUGCAGCUCCUGUUUAGCGCCAUCACUUCCUGGUGCCCACCCCACAACCUGCCCUGGAGGAGGAGUGCAGGGGAGGUGCUCACCACCAUCUCCCGUCACGGCCUCAGUGUCAACGUGGUCAAAUACAUACACGAGAAGGAAUGCCUGGCCACUUGCGUCCAGAACAUGCAGCAGUCGGACGACCUGUCGCCACUGGAAAUCGUGGAGAUGUUUGCCGGCCUCUCCUGCUUCCUCAAGGACUCCAGCGACGUGUCGCAGACCCUGCUGGAUGACUUCCGCAUGUGCCAGGGUUACACCUUCCUGUGCGACCUCAUGCUCAGACUGGAGCAAGCCAAGGAGGAAGAGUGUAAAGAUGCAUUGAAGGACCUGGUCAACCUGGUCACCUGUCUCACCACCUAUGGAGUAACAGAGCUCAAACCUGCAGGCCUGACCACCGGCGCCCCCUUCCUGCUGCCUGGCUUCGUUCUUCCACAGCCCUCAGGGAAAAGCCACACCGUACGGAACAUCCAAGCCUUCUCUGUGCUCCAGAAUGCCUUUUUGCGUGCCAAGACCAGCCGUCUGGCGCGCACGCUGCUGGACGCCAUCGGCAACGUGUACGCCGCCGAGCCGGCCAACUACUUCAUCCUGGAGGCCCAGCACACGCUGUCGCAGUUCGCCGAGCGUGUGGCCAAGCUGCCCGAGGCGCAGGCCAAGUACUUUGAGCUGCUGGAGUUUGUGGUGUUCGGCCUCAACUACGUGCCGUGCAAGGAGCUGUUCAGUGUCAGCGUGCUGCUCAAGUCGAGCACGUCGCACGCUUGCAGCAUCACGGCCGUGCGCACGCUGCUGAAGCUCGCGCGGCACGACCCGGUGUUCAGUGACGUGCUGAGGGAGGUGGGGCUGCUGGAGGUUCUGGUUAACCUGCUGCACAAGUACGCCGCCCUGCUGAAAGACCCAACGUCACAGCACCAACCGCACAGCAAUGAUCAAGCUGACAGUAAGAACAGCUCAUUAGCAGAGGAACAGGAGCAGUUGGCCUGGCUGGUGAUGGAGACUCUCACUGUGCUCCUACAGGGAUCCAAUACCAAUGCAGGCCUUUUCAGGGAAUUUGGGGGUGCGCGCUGCGUCCACAACAUUGUGAAGUACCGUCAGUGUCGUGAGCAUGCGCUGCUCAUCAUCCAGCAGCUGGUCCUGUCCCCCAGCGGAGAUGACGAUAUGGGCACACUGCUGGGCCUCAUGCACUCUGCCCCCUCCACCGAGUUGCAGCUCAAGACCGACAUACUGCGGGCCCUGUUGGCGGUGUUGCGUGAGAGUCAUCGCACACGCACCGUCUUCCGCAAGGUGGGCGGCUUUGUCUACGUCACCUCAUUGUUGGUGGCCAUGGAGCGCUCGCUGUGCCAGCCGCCGCGCCAUGGCUGGGAGUGCGCCAACCAGAACCAGGUCUUCGAGCUGCUCCUCACCGUCUUCUGUACGCUUACCGCUGCCAUGCGGUACGAGCCUGCCAACUCACACUUCUUCCGCACGGAAAUCCAGUACGAGAAGCUCGCUGACGCUGUCAGGCUACUGGGCUGUUUCUCAGAUACCAAGAAAUUGGGUCUCACAAGGGUGUUCCCCUCCAACGCCCAGCCCUUCCAGAAGCUCCUGGAGGAGGAGGCUGCCCCUGGGGGCUGUGCCGGAGACAAUGUGUGCCCCACCCUCAAACACUGCAGCAAGCUCUUCAUCUACCUGUACAAAAUGGCCACCGACUCAUUCGACAGACAUGGUUACUAUGGCACGUCAGGGCCCCCCGCCCCGGUCAAAGCCUUGACGGACCUGAAGCUCCACCUGGCCAAUCCCUCCCAUCCUGCUUCCUGUUCCUCCUCCUCGGACAUGGUGGUUAUCCAUCCUGGGGCGGUGCUGGCCAUGCUGGACCUUCUGCCAUCCGUGUCAUCCGACAGCCAGCCUGAGCAUGCCCUGGACCUGCAGCUGGCUGUGGCCAAUAUCCUCCAGCUCCUGGUGCACAGUGAGAGGAACCAGCAGGUGCUGUGCGAGGCGGGCCUCCACCAGCGGCUGCUGCAGCGCUGUAGCCAGGCGCUGGGUGACGAGGACCACCCGCUCCACCCGCCGCUGCAGAGGAUGUUUGAGAGGCUGGCCUCACAGGCCCUGCAGCCCAUGGCACUCAGGGAGUUUUUGCGUCUGGGGAACCCUCUGAACUGCGGGGCCUGGGACAAGAAGCUGCUGAAACAGUACCGUGUCCACAAGCCCAGCUCCCUCAGCUACGACGCCGAGCUUAGAGGCAGCAUGACCAUGUCCAUGGAAGGCUUUGGUCCUGACAGCGUCUUUGCCACGCCAGGAGAGGACAACGGCCAGUACCGCAUCAGCCGCAGUCUGGUGCGCUCGGCCGAGGGCAGCACCGUGCCCCUCACCCGCGUCAAGUGCCUGGUGUCCAUGACAACGCCCCACGACAUCCGCCUGCAUGGGUCAGCCGUCAUGCCCGCCUUUGUGGAGUUCGACACCUCUCUGGAGGGCUUUGGGUGUUUGUUCCUGCCCAGCCUCGCACCCCAUAAUGCCCCCACCAACAACACUGCCACCUCUGGGGUCAGUGAUGGCGUCGUGCUCAGUGGGAUGGGAACAGGGGAGCGCUUGUUUCCUCCUCCAUCCGGGCUGAGCUACUCCACCUGGUUCUGUGUGGAGCGCUUCAGUAUCAACCCCCAGGCCCAUCCGGUGCGCCUGCUGACAGUGGUGCGUCGGGCCAAUUCAUCGGAACAGCACUACGUAUGUCUGGCCGUGGUGCUGUCGGCCAAGGACCGCUCACUCAUUGUGUCCACCAAGGAGGAACUGCUGCAGACCUACGCGGACGAGUCCAGUGAGGAGGCUUCCUUCUAUGAGAUCCUGCCUUGCUGUGCACGUUUCCGCUGUGGGGAGCUGAUUGCUGAGGGCCAGUGGCACCACCUGGUGUUGGUCAUGAGUAAAGGCAUGCUGAAGAACAGCAUGGCUACCCUCUACAUUGAUGGCCAGCUAGUCAACACUGUCAAGCUCCACUACAUUCACAGCGCACCAGGUGGCUCGGGCUCGGCCAAUCCCCCCAUGGUCAGCUCCGUCUACAGUUACAUUGGGACGCCGCCAGCCCAGCGUCAGCUCUCCAGCCUGGUGUGGCGACUGGGAGCUAGCCAUUUCCUGGAGGAGGUCCUACCUGCUACCAGCGUGGCGGCCAUCUUUGAGCUGGGGCCAAACUACGUGGGCAGCUUCCAGGCCGUCUACCUACCUUGUAAAGACUCCAAGGCGGAGGGGGUGCCUGCCUCCUUGGUGGCAUUGGUACCAGAGGAGAAGGUCUCCUUCAGCUUCUAUGCCCUCUCUGUCUCCUCCCUCACCGUGGCCAAGAUCAGGAAGGUCUAUAACAAGCUAGACAGCAAGGCCAUCGCCAAGCAGCUGACCGUGUCUUCUCAUGAAAAUGCUACGCCAGUCAAAUUAAUCCACAAUGCUGCCGGCCACCUCAACGGGCCUGCUCGCACCAUAGGAGCUGCCGUAAUCGGAUAUUUAGGGGUGCGUGCCUUUGUGCCUAAGCCUGUGGCCACCAACCUGCAGUAUACAGGUGGGGCGGCAGCCAUCUUGGGCCUGGUCGCCAUGGCAUCAGAUGUGGAAGGGCUGUAUGCUGCAGUCAAGGCCCUGGUAUGCGUUGUCAAGAGCAACCCUCUAGCCUGCAAAGAGAUGGAGCGCAUCAAAGGCUACCAGCUGCUGGCCAUGCUGCUGAAGAAGAAGCGCUCCCUACUCAACAGCCACAUCCUCCACUUGACCUUCUCCCUGGUGGGUACGGUGGACAGCGGCCAUGAGACCUCCAUCAUCCCCAACUCCACCGCCUUCCAAGACCUGCUCUGUGACUUUGAGGUGUGGCUCCAUGCCCCAUACGAACUCCACCUAUCGUUGUUUGAGCAUUUUAUUGAGCUUCUCACAGAAUCCAGCGAGGCGGCAAAGAAUGCCAAGCUCCUGCGGGAGUUCCAGCUGAUCCCAAGGCUGCUGCUGACCCUGAGGGACACCUCGCUGUCCCAGCCCACCGUGGCCGCCAUCAGCAAUGUGCUCAGCCUGCUGUUGCAGGGCUUUCCCAACCCAUAUGAUCUGCUGAGGUUUGGCCAGUUCAUAUCCUCCACUCUGCCUACAUUUGCUGUGUGUGAGAAGUUUGUGGUGAUGGAAGUCAACAAUGAGGAGAAGAUCGAUGGAGGUAAUGAUGAUGACUUUGGAGGUCUGCUGUCAGCCAACCUCAUCCUGCUGAGGAACCGGCUGCUUGACAUCCUGCUCAAACUGCUCUUCACUACCAAAGAGAAAUGCUCCGUUAACGCCCAGGCAUGUGAGGAGCUGGUGCGAACGUUGGGUUUUGACUGGCUUCUAAUGUUUAUGGAAGAACAUCUGCACUCCAGCACGGUGACAGCCGCCCUGUGGAUCCUGGUAGUGCUGCUGUCUAACCAGAGCAUUCUCAACCGCUUCAAAGAGGGCCUGUGUGGAGGAGGCUGGCUGGACCACACCGACUCUGUGCUCACCAAUAAGAUUGGUACCGUGCUGGGCUUCAAUGUGGGCCGCAGCGCCGGGGGCCGCUCCACACUACGGGAGAUCAAUCGGGACGCGUGUCACUUCCCAGGAUUCCCUGUGCUUCAGACGCUGCUGCCCAAACACACCAAUGUCCCCGAGCUCUACUUCCUGCUCAUGGCCCUCUUCCUGCAGCAGCCUGUCACUGAGCUACCUGACAGCCUGCAGGUACAUUUUGACCUGGACUCUCUCUGGACGUUCAUCUUUGGCAUGCCUGCAUCCAGUGGGGCGGUACUGGGCUCCAUCCACAGCAUGUGUACCGAGGCCGCCUUCCUCCUCCUGGCCAUGUUGCGCAGCAUGCUCAACCUGCCGUGGCAGUCAGAGGAGGAGGGCUCCUGGCUCAGGGAGUACCCUGUCACCCUGAUGCAGUUCUUCAGGUAUCUCUACCACAACUUGCCUGACCUGGCGCCCAUGUGGCACAGCCCUGAGUUCCUGUGCGCCCUGGCUGCCACAGUAUUCCCCUUCAACAUCAGGCCGUACUCCGAAAUGGUCAGUGACUUGGAUGAUGAGGCGGGGUCUCCCACAGAGGAAUUCAAGGCCUUUGCCGGCGACUCAGGGAUGAACCGCAGCCAGUCUGAGUACUGCAAUGUGGGCUCCAAGACCUAUUUGACCAACCACCCAGCCAAGAAGUAUGUCUUUGAUUUCAUGAGGGUCCUAAUCAUGGACAACUUGUGCAUGACCCCGGCCAGCAAGCAAACACCCAUUAUUGACCUGCUGUUGGAGGCCUCUCCGGAGCGCUCUACCCGAACCCAACAGAAGGAGUUUCAGUCCUACAUCCUGGAUGGGGUCAUGGAACACCUGCUAGCUGCUGACGUCCUUCUGGGUGAAGAUGCUUCCCUGCCCAUCGGCAGUGGAGGCAGCUACCAGACGCUGGUCAACAACGUGUUUUACUUCACCCAGCGCGUGGUGGACAAACUGUGGCAGGGCAUGUUCAACAAGGAGUCUAAGCUGGUGGUGGACUUCAUUGUGCAGCUGAUAGGACAGUCUAAGCGGCGUUCCCAGGGCCUGUCACUGGACACCAUCUACCACUGCCUGAACAGGACGGUGCUCUACCAGCUCUGCCGACCCCAUAAGACCGUGGCCCAACAGGUGGCCCUGCUGGAUGCCUUGCGGGUGCUGACCGUCAACCGCAACCUGGUUCUGGGGCCGGGGAACCACGACCAGGACUUUGUGGCCUGCCUGGCGCACUGCUUCAUCUGCCUACACAGCGGGAGCAGUGUAGAGGGUUUCGGUCUGGAGGCGGAGGCUCGGAUGACCACCUGGCACGUUAUGAUGCCUGCCGAGAAUGAAGCGGACGCCAGCCACAGCCAUGACGUUAGCGAGGGGAGGCAGCUCCUACUGAAGGCAGUGAACCGCGUGUGGACAGAGUUGAUGCACAGCAAGCGUCAGAUGCUGGAGGACAUCUUCAAGGUGUCACUACCCACCAAUGACAGGGGCCACGUAGACAUUGCCACUGCUCGACCUGCCUUGGAGGAACCAGCUCUGAAGAGCUGGCAGAACCAUCUGGUCCACGAGAAGAAGUAUAUUAGUCGCGGGGAAGCAGUGGCUCCGCCCACCCAGUCCAAGCUGUCCAGGGUCAGUAGUGGCUUCGGUCUAUCCAAACUUACAGGGGUCCGCCGGAGCAAGAAGGAGAACAGCCUCAACAAGAACAACCUAUCUGCACAGGAGACUUUUCAGUGGAUGUUCACCCACAUCGCUGUUGUACGAGACCUGGUGGCCAUGCAGUACAAGGAAUACCAAGAGCGGCAGCAGAACUCCCUGAAGUAUGUGACAGAGGAGUGGGCAUCCAUUGAGUAUGAGCUGCUGCGAGAGCGGGGCCUCUGGGGCCCACCCAUUGGCUCCCACCUGGACAAGUUCGUGCUGGAGAUGACAGAGGGUCCUUGCCGCAUGAGGAAGAAGAUGGUCCGCAACGAUAUGUUCUACAUCCACUACCCGUAUGUCCCUGAGGUCGAGGCCAGCACCAACUCCACCCAGAAACCCUUGCGCUACCGACGAGCCAUCAGCUAUGACAGUAAGGAGUACUACAUGAGGCUCCUGUCUGGAAACCCGGGCAUGUACCAGCACUCGGUGGAGCACAGCACCGAGGGAGAGACCACCCAGCACGAGCCUGAGCAUGGCGAGGACACCAUCGCUAGGGUGAAAGGUCUGGUCAAGGCUCCUCUGAAAAGGUCUCGCUCCACGGCAGACGGCGCUGAUGAGGACAGCCAGGAGACACUCCAGGAGCAGCUGCUGGAAUCAGGAGGCCCUGAGGAAGAGCAGAGGACAGACAAUACGUCCCUGCUACGCCUCCUGGAAGAGGGGGAGAAGAUCCAGCACAUGUACCGCUGUGCUCGGGUGCAGGGCCUGGACACCAGCGAGGGGCUGCUGCUCUUUGGGAAGGAACACUUCUACGUCAUCGACGGCUACACGAUGACCGUCUCGCGGGAGAUCAGGGACAUCGACACCCUGCCAGCCAACAUGCAUGAGGCCAUCAUCCCCAGAGGGGCAAGACAGGGUCAGAGUCAGCUGAAGAGAACCUGCAGCAUCUUUGCCUACGAGGACAUCAAGGAGGUGCACAAGAGACGCUACCUGCUUCAGCCCAUGGCCGUGGAGGUGUUCUCAGCAGACGGAAGGAACUACCUGUUAGCCUUCCAGAAGGGCGUUCGAAACAAAGUCUAUCAAAGGUUCUUAGCUGUGGUGCCCUCGCUAGCAGACAGCUCAGAGUCAGUCUCAGGACAAAGACCCAACACCAGUGUGGAGCAAGGUUCUGGUCUACUGAGCACGCUGGUCGGGGAGAAGUCAGUGACCCAGAGAUGGGAGCGUGGGGAGAUCAGUAACUUCCAGUACCUUAUGCAUCUGAACACGUUGGCGGGGCGCUCCUACAAUGACCUGAUGCAGUACCCUGUCUUCCCGUGGAUCCUGGCCGACUACGACUGCGAGGAAUUGGACCUGAACAAUCCCAAGACAUUCAGAAAUCUGUCCAAACCAAUGGGCGCCCAGACUGAUGACAGACUUACCCAGUACAAGAAGAGGUACAAGGACUGGGAGGACCCCAACGGUGAAACCCCGGCUUACCACUAUGGCACACACUACUCCUCAGCCAUGAUCGUUGCUUCUUACCUGGUCCGCAUGGAGCCGUUCACGCAGAUCUUUCUCCGGCUCCAGGGAGGCCAUUUUGACCUGGCCGACAGGAUGUUCCACAGCGUGCGCGAGGCCUGGCUCUCUGCCUCCAAACACAACAUGGCUGACGUCAAGGAGCUCAUCCCUGAGUUCUUCUACCUGCCCGAGUUCUUGCUCAACUCCAACAACUUCGACCUGGGUGCCAAACAGAAUGGAACCAAGCUGGGUGAUGUGAUUCUGCCACCCUGGGCCAAAGGAGAUCCCCGGGAGUUCAUCAGAGUCCACAGACAGGCCCUGGAGUGUGACUACGUGUCGUCACACCUCCACGAAUGGAUCGAUCUGAUCUUCGGCUACAAGCAGCAGGGCCCGCCUGCUGUGGAGGCAGUUAAUGUGUUUCACCACCUGUUCUACGAGGGCCAGGUGGACAUAUACAACAUAAACGACCCCCUCAAAGAGACCGCCACCAUUGGCUUCAUCAACAACUUCGGACAGAUCCCCAAACAGCUGUUUAAAAAGCCCCACCCUCCCAAGCGGGUACGCAGCAAGGCCAAUGGAGAGCCAGCCGGUGCUCCUCCCAGCUCCAACAGUGACAAGAUCUUCUUCCAUCACCUGGACAAUCUCCGACCAUCCCUGGCACCUGUCAAAGAGUUGAAGGAGCCUGUAGGUCAGAUCGUGUGCACGGACAAGGGCAUCCUGGCAGUGGAACAGAACAAGGUGCUGGUUCCUCCCACGUGGAGCAAGACCUUCGCGUGGGGCUACGCCGACCUCAGCUGCCGCCUGGCCAACUACGAGUCCGACAAGGCUGCGGUGGUGUACGAGUGUCUGUCGGAGUGGGGCCAGAUCCUGUGUGCCAUCUGUCCUAACCCAAAGCUGGUCAUCACCGGGGGCACGAGCACCGCUAUCUGUGUGUGGGAGACUGGCCCCUCCAAGGAGAGGGCCAAAUCCCUCACCCUCAAACAGGCAUUACUGGGCCACACUGAUGCCGUGACGUGCCUGACAGCAUCCUCGGCCUACCACAUCGUGGUCAGCGGCUCCCGGGACCGAACCUGCAUCAUCUGGGACCUCAACAAGCUGUCCUUCGUCACCCAGCUCCGGGGCCACCGGGCACCUGUGUCCGCCCUGUGCAUCAAUGAGCUGACGGGGGAUAUCGUGUCUAGUGCGGGUACCUACAUCCACGUGUGGAGCAUCAACGGCAGCCCCAUAGCCAGCGCUAACACUUUCACUGGCCGAAGCCAGCAGAUCCUGUGCUGCUGCGUCUCCGAGAUGAACGAGUGGGACACGCAGAACGUCAUCGUCACCGGGCACUCGGACGGUGUCGUCAGGUUCUGGAGAAUGGAGUUCCUCCAAGUCCCAGAAACCCCUGCUCCAGAGCCCAUCGAGCCAGAUGUACCUGACUGCUGUGGCGAGGAGAAGAUCGAGGGUGGUGAGAGCCACAACGGCGACGAUGACAGCAGUGAGUCGGAUGGGGACGAGCCAAGUCUUAGCCAGGAGCCCAAAGUCCCACGCACCUCCUCCACAGGAGGAGGCAGUCAACCAGGCAGCACUGUCCACAGACCUAAAGGUCCGACCGGCCGAACGGGGGCCUCAUGGUCAAUGGACAGCGGCUCGGACGACUCCCGCCGCUGGUCAGAUACCCUCAGCAUCGACGAGAAGGACGGCUUUGUAUUUGUCAACUACUCCGAGGGUCAGACCAAGUCUGGGGGAAACCCUGGCCCUCUUCAGCCCCACCCCACUCACCCAGGCCUGGGCCAGGCCCCGCCGGGCUCGGGGGCAGUGCCUCAGCCUCUCCAGCCGUCCACUAUCGAGGCCCGGCCUUACAGCAAGCUCAGGGCAGGUUAUAGGUGGGAGCGUCAGCUAGUCUUCCGGAGCAAGCUCACGAUGCACACAGCGUUCGACCGCAAGGACAACGCUCACCCAGCAGAGAUCACCUCUCUCGCUAUCUCCAAGGACCACAGUAAGAUCCUGAUUGGGGACGGGCGGGGCAGAGUCUUCAGCUGGUCGGUGAGCGACCAGCCUGGACGCUCGGCUGCAGAUCACUGGGUGAAGGAUGAGGUGAUGGACAGCUGCUCAGGCUGCUCGGUGCGCUUCUCCCUCACCGAGCGACGCCACCACUGCAGGAACUGUGGUCAGCUCUUCUGCCAGAAGUGCAGCCGGUUCCAGUCCGAGAUAAAGAGGCUGAAGAUCUCGUCCCCGGUGCGGGUGUGUCAGAACUGUUACUACAACCUGCAGCACGAGCGCAGCACCGAGGACGGUUGCAGAAACUGAUCCCCGCCCCCGAACAUGGUGCCGAACCUUGGAGGAACCUUGGUUAUUCCUCCAAUCUGCCUCGCAGUAGCCCCAAACUCUCACUACUCACACCGAGAUGUAACCCGUAACCCCCCCUCCCACCACUCCCUUGAUAAACCCCAAUUUGCUCCCAGCCUAAGUCAAGUAAACCGCAUGUAAAAUAAUGACACUCAAUGAACAACGUACAGGGGCUCACCCCUCGUGAAGGAAGACGCAGGAAAUGGAUAGACGACGGAAUGGAGGGAACAGAAAAACAACAACAGAAGAAAAAAAAAAACAAGCUAUCGUGAAACCGACUUUUACUGCAGCCUCUAUAACCAAAACAGCAAAAGCUAAACAAAAAACCCCAUUAUCGCUGCGUCACGCUCAGCCAGUCUGCCACCUGCGCAUUUAAGCCCCUCGACUCACAGGACUCGGGGGUGACCCCUCUUUUGCUCCGAGACUCACCACAAACUUGUUAAUAUUGUAAAUAUGUGAUGAUGGCCUUUUUAACUAGAUGAGAAAAAAAAUGCAAAGCGCAACAAGGCAACGUUCAUGAAGAAGAAGAAAAAAACAAACCAGUCAUUGCCUGUAAUAUAGCGUUGCUGACUAACUACUCCUGGCUUAAAAAAAAAAACAACAAAAAAAAAAACAACAGAAAUGAUUGUGUGUAGUCUAUGUCACCGGUCACUGCAAGUCCAGAUCAGUAAUAUUUGGGGGGAUUUGAAUGUCAAGGGUAAAUCUUUGUGGGUUGACUUUACUAGUGGGUCUAGUUAUGCAAUUAAUUACUUUAUAAAUUCGUGAUCGUUUUUCCAUUGUUUACAAAUGUGUGAGUUCUGUUGGUUUGUGUGUGUUGCCCACAGUGUCAAACCAUUGCCGUUAAGCAGAGAUUGAUUUUCCUAUUUUUGUUCUUUCUUUUGCCAAAUUACUUUAUACAUCAUACACAUAGCGUUAAGGAUGAACUUUUGUGUUGUGUUUUUUUUUUUUUUUAAUCCUACCACCUGGUUGACCCUUAUGAAUUUCUCACUUUUUGGAUUUCUUCAGUUGUUGUCAUUGCUGUUUUGCUGCUGCUUUUUGAAGACUGGAAACAUAAUCACUUCAUUUUGUUUGGAAUUUUCACCAUAUCACGUAAAUCCUUUACUCUUAGCUGUGAAAUUGUUUCCGGAGGGAGGGAGAGGAUUCUCAACGGAGGGGAACAAUAACAUGAGCAUCAUCUGUGAAAAAGUACAUCGGUAGUGUAAGAGGAAAAUUUGUUUCGUCCCUUGUUGACCCUUUCACGCCCAGAACCGACACAAGCAAGGAACCCUUCGCCCGGUCAUUUCAUCGUGUCCGUUUCCGCCUCAUUUUCAUCUCCAGUUGCCCCUCGCUGACCCUUCUUCCGGCCUUGAGGCAUUAUAACACUAGGUCAGCGGACUGGGCAAUGUGUACCCUGCACUGCACAGAGCCCCCUUCGUCCCCCCAGACCUCAUGCCAGGCUCACUUCGCCGGAUCUCUGCAGCAGGAGCGGCAGCAGCCAAGCACCUCCUAUUUAAAACUAAUUUUUGUUUUUUUGCACUGUGCUGCUGUCUAGAGAGAAAACGGUGGUUGUUUUGACCCGUAAAUAACUGACAUGAGACUGAUGAGCUGAGCCGUAGCGGAGCUUUCAUGUGCACUUCUGGACCGGACGAAGUCAGCGGGCAUUGUUUUGUGUGAGCGUCUGGCAUGUCAAGAUACUGUCGGAUGGCGCGCAGUUGAACCACUGUAAAGCAUGUUGUUUCAUUGUCGGCAGGUCUUAUAACAUAAGAUCCCCUUUGUUUGCCCCCCCCCCACCAUUGUUAAUGUUCAGUGUUUGCCAUAAAGAAAGGCCUCUUUUUUUCAUUGGGAGAGCAUGACACAUUGAUCCCUACUCAUCAUCCAACAUGUGUUUUUGUCUGUGGUGCUGUGGGCAACUGUAUAUUCAAGUGCUGCUUUCUUUACUAGAAACAACUACUUUUUUUUCUUUCUUUUUUUUGGACACUUCUUUAUGGAGUCUCACACAUAAAGAGAACACUUGUCAAAGAACUGUUAACACAAGUGCUGUGUUUCAUGAUUCACUGUCUGAUGUCCUGUUACUCCUAAACCCCCCGCCACACACACACACACACACACAGACCCCCUGUCGUAUGAAGAUGCACUCUUGUUAUAUCAUUCUACAUUAAUGUACUGUAUUCUAGCGUGCAAUCAUGCCAUCUAGCUGAUAAGAUUUUAACUGCCACUGGCAGUGUUUUAAGAGCCAAGUCGGUUCAUUUUAUCAAUCAGAGUUCCUUUGCACCUUCACCUGUACAAAAAAAAAACAUUGAGAGAAAUCACACAAUUUUAUUGAAUGCAAUUUUAUGUUGGGCGCCAUUAUUUUAACAGAAAGGCUGUGUUUCGUCACAACAGAAAAUGAACUGUACAAAGUAUUUAUGCAAUUACAACUGGUUUUUAGAUGUUUUUUUUUAUGAUUAUUGCAACUUCAGCAAGUUUUGUUACUUGUUGCAUGUCUAUUAACACCGCUGACUUUCUGUGUCAGUGCAUUGUACAUGUUCUCGGCAUUAUGUUAACGUUUUGUUAGUUCUUUUUGGGGUUUUUUUGGGGUUUUUUUUCUGUCUUCUAGACAUUAUCCUAUGAGUUGUUCCAAGCCCCAAGAGACAGGUUUGUGUACAGUGCUGGAGAUGUGUCCCCAACUCUGGGUGUACUUUUGUACUCUUUAUGGAAAUUUAAGGACUACCGAGUGAGGAAAAAAAAGAAAAAGAAAAUCAUGGAUUAUUUUGGUGGUCUUAUAUUAGACUGCAUUACUACAGUAUCUGGUGUGCAAUCUGUGAUAGCUGAAUGUUCCUUGUAUAUUUGUGUUCAAUACAGCCAACGAGAAUAAAAACAAUAGAGUAACAACUCCUGACAAAAACAAAAUGUAACAAUAAUACAAUAGAUCUGGUACUUAUUCUUUUUAAUUUAAUUUCAAUAAAUAAUUGCUGUUUACC